ACGUUUGGCAUUGUCUGCUUUCCUGCACAGCAAGUGGAGUGAAAUUUGACAAUUUCAUGAAUGGAAAGCAGAAGAAGAGGGUAGCCAAAACUGCUGGUUCAUUUUGCCCAGGGACCCCAAAAAGCUGGCCAGUGGAGAAACAAGGAUCCACUAUUACUGUAAUAGAUCAGGCGAGGCAAGGAAAAAGGAAGGUCAUAGUGACCGUCGGGAGAAAAGUCAGGGGAGCUGUAGGUCUGGUAAGAUAUGUCUUUCAUUUAUUACCGUCACAAUUACCGUCCGACACCUGAAGGCACCACCAUAAAAGCCAGGUAUCAAAGAAACCAUUACGGUCAUAAACCAGAAAUUCAGCACUUGAGAAUGAGUGACAAGGAAAAGGCCAGCGUAGCAGAGAACCUAGAUAGGGGUGUGUCCAUGAAAACCAUUCUAAAGCGAGUAAGAACAUCUGUGGCAUCCAAGCUGAGGCCCGUGCCCUUGGCAGAGUGCUCAACCCUGCAUAACAUCAAACAGCAGUUUAACAUUGCUGCUCCUGAACAUUGUCACACUAAUGACGCUAUCAGCGUAGACAUGUGGGUGCUUGUGAUGAAAGAAAAAGGUGAAACACUUGUCCGCCUGUACAAGGCACAAGGUGCAGUGGACCCAAGUGGUACAUUUCCUUCAGCAGACUUUGCUCUUGUUCUGAUGACAGAGUCUCAGAAGGAGCUACUAGAAAAAUUGGGCCCUGCAGGUACUGUAUGUCUUGACUCCACACAUGGAACUACAGAGUACCAGUUUGAGCUGGCCACUCUUCUGGUGCUAGAUAAAAUAGGAUCAGGUGUAGCUAUAGCUUAUUUCAUCUGCAACCGGAUGAACGAGCAAACUUUGACAGCAUUCUUCAAAUAUCUGGAGUCGGCCAUGGCCAAAAAAGUGGCUGCUAAGACAUUGGUAUCUGAUGAUGCGUCGCAAUUCUACAAAGCAUGGUCCAUGGUCAUGGGUGCCGCAAAACAGAAACUUCUCAGUGCCUGGCAUGUGGAUAACAACUGGCGUAAGAAGAUACUCGAGUGUGUAGAGAAACAGCUAAGGCCACAUGUUUACCAUAGUGUGUGGCUACUCUUAGAGUUCCUCGUGGAAAAGGCAUUUGAAGAUUAUUUUAAGCAAUUCCUUUCUAGUGAGGAAGAAAAACUGAGGGACUUCCUGAAGUACUUCAAUGACCACUAUGCAGUUAGGCCGCAAGAGUGGGCCUAUUGCUUUAGGACUAGAGCAGCUGUCAACACUAACGUGCACCUUGAGAGCAAGCGCAGGACGUUAAAGCAUACUAUGCUGGCGAGAAAACAGAAUAAGCAUGGUGACAAACUUAUUUCUGCCCUCAUGGACUUGACAAAUCAUUUUUUAAUGAAAAGGGCUAUCCAGAUGAUGAAAGGGGCAAAGGGUAAGAAGCUGAGCAGAAUUCAGAAGAACCACAGGUCUGGCAGUGAAAUGGCAGCUUGAGCCAAAUUAAAUGAAGAUGGCAUAUAGACUGUGCCAUCCCAGUCUAUUAAAGGGCUCUCAUAUAAAGUGUCAAAAGUGGGAGAUGGUGCUUGCUGUCCUUUGAGGUGUAAGGAAUGUGCAGUGUGUGUGCAUACUUACAUGUGCACUUGCUAUGACCAUCUUAUACACUUUACAGUGUGCAAGCACAUUCACUGUGUGGUCAUCGCUAAUCCAACUAGCAGCAACAAGGCCCAUGAGAGCUCACCCGAAGAAGCAUGUGAGGCAAGUCGGGCAUUGCACAUUGUACAGAGUAUAACAAAGCUGGAAGCAGCCAAAGCAGUGUAAAGCUCAGCACUCUUAAGAGCAAAAAUGGACUCGGUCAGACAGGCAAUAUCAGAUGGUGAAGUCUCUGAGGGUGUGGCUGAGAAGGCAAACAAUUUGUUUGAGCCAGUUUUCAUGCUUGUUGAAAGUGAAAGUGACCCAAAAAGAAAGAUGCCAGACCAUUCAAAUGAACCAGCCAACAAAAAAGUUGUGCACCUGUUAAGAUUUCACUCUACAAAAAACCCUAGAUUGUCGCAGCCAUCAUCUAGCCUUUCAAGGCCCACUGAAGCUCAAAAGGAAGUCCUUAAAUAACAGCUUAGGGACAGCAACAUAGAAACAAGAGAUAACCAUGUCAGCAGGGCACGAUUACUGGUAACAAGCCUCCAGUGCAGUUAGGAAGAGAGAAGUGGUGCAGUAGUGCUGUGCUGUCAUGCCUUAUUGAAGCAGGUUGAGGGCUCGCAUGUUAACAAAUCAUGACAUGUGGUCUCUGAUGAUUAGCCCGUCUGUUUUUGUCUGUGGUGUGCAGCCAUAUGUCACAGCUGGAUGGUAUGUGUGUUAGAGCACGAGAGAUGCCUCCAUGCUUGUUGUAUGAGCUGCUGGUAAGUGUUCUGUGAAGAUAGAUACAGACCCAGUGGUCAUCUCUGGUAUGUGGCAGCUGUUGGAUGGUAGUGUGUUAGAGCACGCCUCCAUGCUUGUCAUAUGAGCCGCUGGUAAGUAUGUCUGUACAUAGAUGUAAGGAAGUGCAUUGGAUGGUGUGUAGUGUUUCAGUGUGCAAAAGCCUCCAAUGUGUUUUGCUACUUAUAAAUUUGUGUAAACACUCAGUAGCGCAGUAGUUAUGAUGUUGCACUGUUGAGCACGAGCUUGCGGGUUCAAUCCCAGCAAAGGUGGCUGCAUUUCAGUGGUGGUGAAAUGAAAAAAAAAAGUGUGUAGUUGAAUUUAAGUGCACAUCACAAAACCCGAGGUGGUCAAAAAUAUUACUGAGUCCCGCACUGUGGCAUGCCUCAUAAUUCGAUCUAGAUUUUGUGUUCCAUGUGAUGUUCUUAUUGCCCAUUUGAAUAAACUUUUAUUUUUCAGAUUACCAAAAUAGA